AUGGGUAGUGUCAAGGCACGAGAUAUAGACGGGUACAAACUGUGGUACUCAGGAACUAGAAGCGGGAGGAGUAAGAAUGGGAUAGGUAUUUUGGCGGAUAGGGAACUCAGGGAGCUAGUAGUAGAGGUUAGAAGGGUGAACGACAGGCUGAUGGCUAUUAAGUUAGUUGUGAGAGGGUUGACUUUAAAUGUAAUUAGUGCUUGGAUGAGGAGGUCAAAAGGCGCUUUUGGGAUAAACUGGAUGAGGGAAGCUGCUAGAGAGGUACUAGGGGUCUCGAAGGGUUACUUUGGUCGCCACAAGGGGGAUUUGUUGUAUAAUGGAGAGGUCCAAGAAAAGGUAGAAGGCAAGAAAGUAGUGUAUUGGAAGCUGGUGGAGAGCAAUGGCGAGGAGGAGAAAAGGACGAAUAGAGAGUGGUACAAGAGGACUAAGAAGGAGGCGAAGCUAGCGAUUAUGGUAGCUAAGACUGCAAUAUUUAGAUGUUUGUAUGAAGAACUUAGAUACAAAGGUGGGGAUAAGAAGUCUUACAAGCUAGCCAAGGUGAGAGAAAGGAAGCCCCGUGACCUGGACCAAGUGAAGUGCAUCAAAGACGAGGAAGACAGAGUAUCGAUGGAAGAGCCAUAUAUUAGACGUAGAUGGCAAGCAUACUUCGAUAAACUCCUAAACAAAAAGGGGGAGAGGGAUAUAGUGUUAGGUGAUUUGGAGCACUCUGAAAGUCAUUGUGGUUUUGGUUAUUGUAGGUGUAUUAAAAUUGAGGAAGUCAAGGGGGCUAUGCAUAAGAUGAGUAGGGAAAGAGCGAUCAGGCCAAAUAAAAUUCCUGUAGAAUUUUGA